AUGGGAGCCUUUGGCUGGUCUCGCGGCGGGGGUCUGCUCUUGGCCCUCGCCAUCUGUCUAGUGGUGCUGCCCGGCAAGGCCUCGGCUUUCGGCGCUGGAAACAUUCCCUCGAUUGCCCAGGUCGAAGGUCACAACUGGCGUCACGGAGAUAUCGAGGAUACACUCGCGACCAUCGCCUUCCUCCACGGCAAGAAGUGGUCCUCCAUGCUCAUCAAGCGCGUCUACUUUGGCAACUUCCUACGCGACUACUCCCAGGCUCUGGACGUGGGCACUCUCAAGAGUAUCAACGCUGAGACGCUGCGCAUCCUGGUCUGGGUCCUGUCCUUCAUGGCCUUCGGCUAUGCCACCGAUGAGUUCGAGGUCACCAGCGAGAGGCUCGGCGUCUACCGCGCAGAGGAGCACAUCGACAACCCGCUAGGCUACGCCGACGGCGUCGACGCCCAGACCUUUGACAAGCGCCUCCGUGGCCCCGUCCUGCCCGUCGAGACCGAGAUCGAUCAUCGGACCGGGAUGAAGAACUACAUUGCCAACGAGUCAGGACAGUGGGCCACGAGCUCUGGCUACGUCAAGUACAGCCUCGCCCGCAGCAUCCACUUUGGUCGUCUGUAUACAUCAGGCUCCUCGCGCAAGGGCAGGGAGGAAGACCUGUGCGAGGCUCUCCGGUGCCUGGGCCAGGCCCUGCACUGCCUCGAGGAUUUCGGCGCCCACAGCAACUACUGCGAGCUUGCCCUACGCGAGAUGGGCUACCACAACGUCUUCCCCCACUGCGGAAGGGAUACCGAGAUCACUGUUCAUGGGAAGAGGGUCUUUCCUCUCGUCACCGGAACUUUCGGUGCCGUCGACUUCCUUCACAGUGUCAUUGGCGAAGCCACAGACCACUUCACCCAGACUGAGGUGGACGAAGUCGAUAUCGCUCUCAAGAAUGCCGAGAGGGGUGUAGGCUCCUCCAGAACCCGUGGCCCCAGCGGUGGCGAUGGCGAGAGGGGCUUCCUUGGCUUCGAAAGCCCUGGCGACUUCAUCUCCCUGAUAUCCAAGCUCCCCGGUGUCGGCGACGGCUUUGCCUCCGAGGCCCGAAACCUCAAGGCCCAGUCUGACGCCCAGGAGCGUGAGAACAGAGAUAUUCGCGACAGGGGUUCGGACAACACCAACAUCGUCCCCGGCAUGAGCACUAGCUUUGACCCUGUCAAGACGGCGGACAGGAUCUACCCUAUCCUUCAGUUCCGCGAUAGGAUUGUCAAGGCCAUCAGCAUGGGUAUCGCCAAGAUCCCCGGCCUCGAGAAGCUUCUCGAGCACAUCAGCGAGACCCUGACGGCCUUCAUCAUGGGCCUCCUCGCUCCCUUUAUCCGACCCAUCAUCAAGCAGGUAUCCCAGUCGCUCAAGGAUGGCUCUAUGGGCAUCAUCUCUGCUAGUACCCGUUCCCAGCACGAGCCCUGGACUGACCCGACCUGCUCGGAUCCCACGCACAGCAUGCUCUCCAAGGACCACUUCAGCAAUGUUCUCAACUCGUGUGCCGGCCGAAUCGCCGUCACCAUUCUCAAGUAUACCGUACCCCGUAUCCUGUAUGCUUGGGAGAACCCCGGCGUUCCCGUCGACGAGGUAGUCACCGACAUCGUGCAAGCCUUACACCACCCCGCCCUGCGUAGCAAUCGCUCCGAGCUGCAGCGUGACAUGUUCCGCACGAUGGAGCAGUGGGUCAACGAGCACCCCCGCCGCCAUGAGCUCGACCAGCUCCUGUCAUCUGACUCAGUCUACAAGGGUCAGAACCACGUCCUCUCCCAGACGGACGAAAGCAGCCACGGCGGGUACAGCCACGGCGGCGGCGGCGGCGGCCACUCGCACUCGCACGGUGCCGUCGAUAGUAUGAUUGAUCGCUACGGCCAUGGCAAGGUGACGGGUUCCCUGUGGUCUCAGGUCCAGACACGCGACCUCGAUGCCAUGGAGGGCCGCGACGGAGACCCACACAAGGACUACACCUCCCACGAAUCGGUCCCGCCGUCGCAGCAUUUCAGUCAGGGGAGCAACACGUCAUACUACCACGACGAAGGCGGCAAGGGCAGCAGUGUUGGGUACAACGCCCCCGCCCCCUCUCCCGGACAGUACUCCUCCGGAUACGGCUCCGCCCACCACGGAUACCCCCAGCAAGGGUCGUACGGGCCGCCUAGCGGUCCGCCGCCAUCCCACGGAGGCUACGGCCACUCGGUCUACGCCGGUUCACCUUCGCCUUCCCACGGGGGGUACGGUCGAUCGUCUUAUGGCCCUCCCCCGGGACCUCCUCCGCCCCACGGUUACGGCCACCAGUCUCCUCCACCUGGACCGUACGGUACACCACCCAUGGGCCCACCUCCCGGGUCGUACCACCCGCCCCAAGGGCCGCCCUACGGCCAUCCCGGACAGCAGCAUCACUACGGGAACCAGUAUCCGGGACAGCACCAUGGGGGAGGAUAUUCCAGAUACUAG